UGCAUUGAGACUUUCUCCGAACCACAAAACAGAAAGAAACACCGUGUUCACCGAGGAGACGCAUUCUGGAGUAACGUGUGCAAAGACCUGGGAGUGCCAAAUCAUUGUACAAAUCGUACAAAACUUAAUCAUGUUGCUCUGCACUACCAAAAGAGAACCAUGGAAGUCAGACACAAACCCAAAAAUAUCCAUGUUGAAGGUGAUAGUGGGACCUCUGGAGAGAACACAUCUUCUUUGGAUGAAGGAAACACUGGAGAUGUGUCCAUCUGCAAUGGAAGGAAAUGAAUCUCUAUUUGCUCAAACAGGAUGUUGUGGAGGACAGUGAUGACAAUGGCAUUGUCCUAAACAUUUCUCCUGAAUUGAAACAAACUGGUGUCUCCAUCACAAUCGUCUACAUCCCUCGAAAAGGACUGGAGUAGAAAUUCAUCCAACAGAAGUGACAGUAGUAAUGCUGAAGAGGAAUUCUACAAAUGCUCUUUGCCACAGCAGCCAUGUUUGUUUUCAUUGACCAGAAAGACUGGCAAGACCUAAAAAACACAGAAAGGGAGGCUUUUCAAAGGUAUGCAGUGGACUAAUGUUGUAGCCACUGGCAUUAAGUCAGUACACCCAUUUUGCAGUUUUGGAUUUAAGAGGCAGACCAUCAAGACCAGUCAGUCACAGUCUAAGACGGCUGUAUUCUCAUGUACGGCAUACUGCCGUUUUAAGGACUGUCCAGUGAAAGUGGAGGUUAAAGGUGAAAAAACCCUGAAGGCUGAUGUGCUUUUCCAAGGAGGUGAGGAGUGCCACAACACAAAGGAAAUAAAAACAAGACCUGUGCGUGGACAGUCCAGAGAUGUAAUAGCAGAAAAACUGGAAACCAAAAUGCCAAGAAGUCUUUAUCUGGAUUCUCUAAAUCAAAUACCAGAAAAAGCUUUCCAAGCAGGGUGUCGGGAUGAGGCUCCAUCUAAAGAUGUCUUGAAAAAUAUUGCCUUGUCCCACAGAAAAAAACAGAGACCUCAUUUAAAUGAGACGGCCAGUCUGCAAAUGUUAAUAGACAGACAGCAAGGACUUCCAAACGAAGUCCUUCAGAGAGUGCUCCUGCAUCCAAAAGGUAUAAUGCUGUGGUCCAAAGAAACACUUUCAGUGUUUUACCAGCGGUGCAAAGACCACAUAGAAUAUUUUGAUGCAACAGGAAGCAUCUAAAGAUGAUGCUUCUGCUACUCCGUACUAUGUGUAUGAAGUUAUAGUUAGAAAUCCCUUCAAGGGAUCAUCACCUCUACCAACAGCAACUUCUGUAACAUGUGACCAUACCACUGCUUCUGUUACAUAUUUUCUACAAGCAUUUCAAACAGAGCUUACACAAAUGUAUGGAAGCAGGGCAAACAAAAGGCCAGUAAUGAUCAUAUGUGAUGGCUCACUGGUGCUUCAGUCCAUUGCUGUAACAUUCUGCAGAGCGAGUUUGGAAGACCUUUUGGAGCGAUACUUCCAGGUUAUCACAGGACAGUUAGACACGGAUAACUUCAACAUACCCAUUCUCCACCGGUGUUUGAGUCACAUCAUGAAGAACGCAAAGGAUCUUUGCAGAAAGAGGUAUUUGUGCCAGAGUCUACUACAGAAACACUACAAACUUGGCACGUUUUGGAUUACUGGCCUGUUCUUCCAACUUGAAAGACAUGGAUGGCAUCAUUAUAAGUGCAACAGUUGUUUUCAAAAGUCCAUGCAGUGGACCAGAAGUGAACAAACACCUGCAGAACCUCAAACUGCUGAUCGAUCAGACGGGGAAUGGGGAUGCUGAAGAAACAGACAUCCUUCCAGAGGAUUAUAAGACGGCAAUAGUUCACUCAUCACUUAAACAGCACUUUGCAGAAGUCAUUGCCAGUGCCCACCUUGAUGUGACUGGACCACCGAAUGUGUACCAUGCACCAGCAUUCAUUUCAAGUAUUUCAAAGUACUUUCUACCACAUGCUACCUUGUGGUCAGGAAUGCUGCUUGGAGACCUUGGACGGCAUGGGAAAGGCUCAGCGUAUGGCUUUCUCAGUAAACGGUACAAUCAUGUGUCGCAGUUGAAGAAGCAGAACUACACUGAAGACAAUCGAACACAAGGGAUCAUGGAAAAAAGUCACUGGGACCUGAAAAGGAUUCGCUUUGAACGAAGGCGUCUCGCUGGCCUAGAUGACUUUGUGCAGAUAUAUCAGAGGAAACAUGAUGCUCUUCUCCGAGAAUAUGGCCAUGGAGGCAAAAAAAGGACGAAGUAUACUUUUCAGUCUUACCGAGUGGAGACCGAGAAGUGGAAGAAAAGAAGUAGAAAACAAAAAGGCUUCUAUGUAACUGCUCUGAUGGGAAAACGAGUCAAACAGGAUCAUCAAGAAGAACCACCACACUCAGAUGUUCCCACAGAGCCGACUGAAGCUGUCACUACACAGAGCACAGAAGAUAUAGAAGGAUGCGAUGUGCGAAACACCUCCAGAAAAGUCCAGGAGGAGGAAAAGGGCAACACGUUGGAUAAAUUACAGUGGGAGAAACGUUUCGUCAUCAUCCAGGUGACUUCUUCAGUCUCAGCUGACUGCAGGUUUCCCCCAAAUUAUAAAGAGUACAUUAUCAUCAUCACUGAAACCAGCCAACUGAAGUAAUGAUGGGUUGUGGGGUGAAUUGCUUCAUCAUAAUUAUGCAAAUAUGACCAUUGAUGAAGAGCGACUCAUCAGAGACCACUAAUAAAUGCCCAUGAGUCAGUAUGCAAAUGUACGUUUUGUAAGAUGCGGGAAAUCUGCAGUUAUUUGUGGACUUUUUUGACAAAAGAAUUUCUUACUCUUGUGCCACAAAUACAAAUACACUGUUUAUUUUGCCCAUCGGUCACUGCACUGUGGAAAAGACAGGAAACUGUUGUUGCUGUGAUUCCAUCACAAAUAAAAGGAACAACUUUAUAGUUCACCACAGCUGAAAUCACUGGAACCUCAUCGAUGGUUAACAGGCCAGGUACCUGGAAAAGACUACAAAAUAAAUGAAGCUGUAUUUUAAUUACUGAGUUACAGUAAUCCUUUCAAACCCCAAAUUUAAUUUCCUGCUGUUUGUUUUGCUUUAUUGCUAUUCAUAGAGCAAAAACAUCACUGAUCCUAAUGCUGUUCCCAUAUCAAAAACACAUUUUAUCAUCACGUUAGACAGAUGCAAUGUUUUUAUAGACACAGCUAUUGUUCAUACAUGCUUUAGUCUUAAAUGGAUUUGUUACUGUGCUGAUGCACUUGAAUCUUAAAGGUUUUAUACUGUUGUCAGUCACAACUCCAGAUCGCUAACUUUCAUGCGUAAUGACCAGCAUUGCUUUAAUUAAAAAAAAAAAAUAGCCGUAAAAAAUUAAAAAAUAUUUAUCAAAGAUUAAAAAAAAGUGAAAUUGUCAAAGACGAACUUUCAGUCUUGAGUCACAUUUUGUAUCCAAAUUUUCCAUGAAAACACAACUGAAGGAUUUAAGAAUGUUCUGUGAUGGUAACUGUGGAAGUUAUUGGAGUAUAUUGUUUUUUAAAUCUGUUUUUAUGAAAAUGUGAAACGUUUAUGAGCACAAAAUGUUCAGUUUGCUGUUCUUGGCUGACAGGAGUCACCCACAGUGUGGUCUUCGGUUGAUAGAAACCUUCUGCCUCCAGAUCUGCUUUGUUGUAUUUUCAUCAUUUGUCUUCUGGGUACUUUGGUUUUAUAUAGUGGUUAUUUGAGUUACUGUUAUUAUCCUGUUAGCUCGAUAUAUUCUUUCCUUUUGUAACGUUUGACAUCAACCAGCUAUAUUCUCAUAGAGAAAAUCACAUAGAAAAUCAGCCAAUCAAUGAAAAUGAAAACAGUGUGUUUGAGUGCUUUAGAGAGUAAAAUUCUUACAUUGAUAGCACUACAUUAUUAAUUAAUCAUGGAUUACAUAUUUUCAAAAACAUAAUUAGCAGUUUAAGUUGACCUCUCUUCAUUAUUCAGUGUUUUUUACAAGAUUAUCGAGCAUGCCCUGCAUGAUGUUGGCUGCAAGUUGGAUUUGGGCAGUAAGGUAUACAUACUGAACCACUACACUGCCGGUGUCAUCCUGACGGGAAAAGAGAAAUGAUGAGGAGGCACUGUUUGUCAAAGCUAAUAAAUACAUAUACAUAUUGCAAUAUAAAUAUAUUUGGACUUUACAUUGUAUUAAUGCUAAAACAAAUACAAUAUUAUGGAAAAAUGAGGGUUUUGUUUUUCAAAUUAUGUUCUGUAAGUGUCAUAAAAUUUCAUCCCUGGAAACAUUUUUUACUUUCUGAGACAUCUGGAUUCAUCAAACCCAGAUUUGUGGUGUCUGUGAUGUCCCACUAUGAAGUCCUGCACCUCAAAUACCAGUAUACUGGAAUACUAAUGGUUUCCUAUCAGUUUCCAUUAAAAACUGAAGAACUAGAUCCAGCAGCUUAUGUUUGUAAUGUGUUGGUUGAUUUUUGUUUUUUCUUUCAUUAUUUAUGACUUUCCCUGUUUUUUCAGUUGAAUUAAACUUUUUUUGAUUCUGUGUGUUUUUGGUGGUGCAGCCCUAUUGGCUCUGGGACUGUGUAAAUUAUAGUGAAUUGUGAUUACUAUAGACGCUUUAAUACAGUACUCAGAGCCAGUGCUGUUGUAGUUUUUGUCUAAGUGAUAUCUCUCGACCGUCUUUGUUUCCCAUAAAUAAAGAAUGUGGCAUUAAAUUAAGCCACAUGUUAUUCCAAAAUGUUUUAGAGUAUUUUUCAAAUUCUGUGUGCUGACAUUGAACAUUCAAAAUAAGGUAAUGACCUGCCGGCCUGCCAGCGUGCCGAGCGGGUUCAUUUUGUGUUCUAGUUCAGAACAGUUUUCUGUUUGCCGUCCAGCAUUAAAGCUGUACUUAAGUUCACCUUUUGUUUCCGUCAGUCUGCAUUUUAGGUCCUUUUCCUGCCUGCACACGGCCCUCACAUGACAGUAUGACCCUUGCACAGGGAGUUCUUCAACAUGAGGCGUACUGCAGUCAACAAGACUGACUGGGUGGGUAUCAAGAUGGCAAAGGCGUUCAUGGAGUCCUUUCCCAAAAUAGCAGACAUGACAUUUGAAACAACAAUUAAAGCAAUGGUACAGCAGCGUGAAGCAACUGCUUUACAUAUACUGGGAGCCUCAGUGUUGGAGGCAGAAAACAAUUGUGCCAUGUGUUCAACUCCAAAACCACCUUUUCCAGGGCCUUCAAUCACCAAAUGGAUCCAGUGUGACAGCUGUUCAAGGUGGUUUCACACACAGUGCCUGCAGAUGAACACUGAGCUGUUUCAGAAGGCAGAGGCUGCAGAAUGGGAGCGCGCUCUCUGUGGAAAAGAAAUACUUUAUUUAUUUUGUAAAAUGUAUAUAAGGUUGAAUAAUGUCAUGUAAAUUCUUAUUUGUACUGAUAGAAACUAAGGAACAGAUGUAAAUUGUUCUUAUACAUUUUGUAUGUGUACAUAUGCAGGUUAUGUAUUUCAGAAAUGUAAGUAGAGCUCGUUCGUUUAGAUUUUGUUUUGCAUUCUUUUUCAUUUUAAUACCUUUUGUAAAAAAAUGACACUAAAUUUAGAAAAUAAUGUGAUUCUGGCAGUUUCGGUUUGUGACCCUUUUUGCACUGGUUUUGGUUUUUGUUGAUUCAGAUUACUAUUGAUCAAUGUAUGUAAUUCUUGUUUUUGCUGUUAUUAGUUAUUAGUUUUAAUUUGGCGAUACUUUGUUACGUUCUUCUAAUUCUCCCUGACAGCUCAUAGUUGCUCAGUCUUUACUGCUUUGUUUACAGCAAACUAUAGACCCAUCUCACAUCUGUCUUUUUUAUCUAAAGUCUUUGAAAAAGUGGUUUUUAAGCAGCUCACUGAGCAUUUGUCAACAAGCAAUCUGUUUGAACCAUUUCAGUCUGCUUUUAGACCAAAUCACUCCACAGAAACAGCUUUAGUCAAAGUGGUAAAUGAUCUGCUGGUAAAUGCAGACAA